CAUAUCUAUGUAUAACAUUGUUGCAACCUUUUUAUGAAUAUAUGUAUUUACAUAUGCAUGUGUAUAUUUAAUAUACAUACAUACAUAGGUAUAAAGGACCAUAUGUUUAAAUUUUGUUGCAUACUGGAAAUAAUAAACGGGAAACAAUAUACAUACAUUCAAAAUAAAUAUAUUUUGAUAAACAUAAUGCAUAAGUAUAUGCAAGCAUAUUAAUACAUAUGUACAUAAAUAUUUAUAUCUGUGCGCAUAUGUAUGUAUAUAAAUGUAUUCAUGCGUAUGUGGCUUAAAUCAUGAUAAUUAAAAAAAUUAAAGUUAUUUAAUCUCGACGCAUUCUUGCUCUAAAGGGCAUUAAAAAUAAUGCAACUGGAAAUAUAAAAAAUAUCGAGAAAGGAAACAAUUUGGAACGGACUAGAUCGAUCGACUGCAUCCUAUAGUUACUUUAUAGAUACGAACUAACAAAUUUUACUAGGAAUAGAAGAUAAAUGAAGCUCGGGAAUAUUUCAAAAAUUGGUGUUAUAAUAAAUGGAUUUCAUAACAAAAUUCAUACCGAUCGGCCUACUUUAUCCGUUAUUUGGAAUCCGAUCCGAUGUAUAUCUUGCCAAUUUCAACUUCGGCUCCCUCCGAAAGAAGAACGUUUUUUUAGUUUUUAUACUAAUAUAAACAUAUUUUAAGCUUUUAGACUGUGUACCUGAGUUAUUGAAAUAAUAUAUACCAUUCCAAUAUGUGGGACGCGGGACGUUCAUAUUCUAUACCAGAAGAAGAUGUUGAUACCACAGUUUUAAGAAGCUGGCGUCUGAAUGAUAAAAUUCCUGCCCGUUUAGUGCUUUAUUUCCUUUCGUGGUCUGGCUUUUUGGUUUCAUUUAUGAUGCGAAACGACAUGAAUUUUGCAUUAGUAGCAAUGAUACCCAAAAACAAUAACACCCAGAAUCAAACGAGUUACGGAUCGCUAAACACUUUGACCGGUGAUACUGAUGAGCAAACAUCUUUAGUAAAAUCAAUUAUUAUAAGUUCAUUUUAUUGGUGUUACGUACUUUCCCAAGUAGUUGGAGGAGUUGCCACUGAACUAUGUGGAACUAAGUGUGUAUUUGGAUGGUCACAGCUUGUUACAGCUAUUUGUAGCAUAAUGAUGCCGCUAGCAGCAGAAAUACAUUAUAUAGCGGUUAUUUUUUUACGAUCCAUUCAAGGUUUUGCCUCAGGGCUUACAUGGCCUGCAAUGUAUGCAAUAGUUGGAUAUUGGAUUCCACUUAAUGAGCGAUCGCGAUUUAUGUCUAGUUUUCAAGGUUUUAGUAUUGGUAUUGGAUUAACAUAUCCAUUAUGUGGGUUUAUUUUGUCAGAAUUUGGAUGGCCCUAUAUUUUUUAUACUACUGGAUCUUUAGGUCUUGGGUGGUGUAUAUUGUGGUACUUUUUAGCUUAUAAUACACCUCGAGAACACCCGCGUAUCACUAACGAUGAACUUAAUUAUAUUGAACAAAAUGUUAGUAAAGAAAUCAACAAAUCGGUCAAAUUAAAAAUUCCUUGGUUAAAAAUAUUUGGAUCCAUACCAGCUUGGGCAAUUGCUGUAACUACAUUUGGACGUAUAUUUAUUCACUAUAUUUUUAUUGUAAAUGGGCCUACAUUCAUGGGUAAUGUGUUAAAGUUCAAUUUUGAAACAAAUGGAUUUCUAUCGGGAAUGCCUUUUAUUUGCUCAUAUAUUUCAUCAGUUUUUUUCUGUUAUUUAGCUGAUAAAUUUAUAUUUUACAAAGUUGUAAGUCUUACUAAUGUAAGAAAGUUAUUCACAGCUCUUUCCCAAAUUAUUCCUGGCAUAUUAAUUUAUUGUAUUGGUUAUAUAGAUAAUAUACGUGUUUUGCUGACCGUGUGGUUUAUAGCAGUAAUAUUUAUUACUGCAUCUUAUGCAGGGGCAAUGGCUAACAUAAUUGAUAUAGCGCCCAAUUACGGACAUUCAGCUGCUGUUCUUGCUUUUUGUCAAACAAUACAUAUGUCAGCAUCUUUUAUUUCUCCAUUGACCGCUGGAUUUAUAGUUACUCGUGAGGAUUCCAUUGACCAGUGGCGUAAAGUUUUUGAAAUUUCUGCAAUUAUAUCAAUACUUACAUAUAUUGUUUAUCAAAUUUUUGGAACAGCAGAAAUACAACCAUGGAAUCAAAAGAAAGAAAUUGAAGAUGAAAUUGAAGGAAAUCUAAUUUUGUCCAAAUUAAACAAAGAUUGUCAAAAGGAUAAUAGGGCAAUGUAAUAAAUGUAUCCAGAUUUUUAUAAUGUAAAAAUUUUAAUGUUUAAAUAUAUUGUUAUUGUAUAUAUUCUAUGAACGGUUCGUUAAAAUAAAUUAAACAGCUCACUCA